AUGGCGACUGACAAAACAAAGGUAUUCCUUGGCUGCCCUCAUCGAAGCUAUGGAACGUAUAAACUCAGAAGAGAUUUGAUCAAGCUACUCCUCCCCAAAAACUCUCCCUGUAUGAACGAGGAAAAUGCUUGGGCUAUUACUGGUAGCAUUGCGGACUGGAUACAAGAAGUCAACUUCGCCUUUGCGGAGUCGAGAUUGACAAUAUGGGCCAACUUGAUCAGUGUAUUUUCGUGCCAUGAAGAUCCUACUAUGAGGGUGUUCGACGAGUAUGUAACAACUAUGUCGCUUCCUUCCGAGGCCCCCACACCUACCAAAUUAUCACAUAUCGAUAUGGCAUUUGAGAUGCCAAAUAUUUGCAUUGAAAGUCUGUUGAAAUCAGAGUCGUGGCCUGGGGAAUAUAAUGGUGGAUGGUACAUUCUAUCUCUCGCCUCGCAGGCGCCUCCGCAAUUUCCACUAGAGUCGCCGGUAAAAUGUUCCGGACAAGUUGAAAAGAUCACUAGCCAACAAAUGUUCCAGGACUGGCAAAGAGGUAACGGGUUGGAGCGCCUCGCGCUUCCUCUUAGUUCUGGCAAGAUCGCCGCUCAAGCUGCAGAAUGCCUAUUCCAUUAUGUGAGCAAGAGGGGGAAAUCAAGUUCGCAGAGCUCAGUUUGCCUUUACUUUGAGUUUUCGUCUUCUGACGUUCGGCGGAAUUCAAUCGAAUCUAUGCUCUAUACCGUUUUGGCACAGAUUACUUCCCGGCGUUACGAAGGUGCUGCUCGGGAAAAUAUAACCAGCGCCUGUCGAAAGAUAUUCCGCAAUUUUGAACAAUAUAAAUGGUGGAACCGAGACGAUUUAUUUGCAUUCUUCAUGGAAAUGAUGCUGAAUCUAGGAGCCUCAGAUACAGGUGUUAUUAUUAUGUUAGGGGGCCUGGAAGAAGGCAUAACCUCUUGCGACUGGUUCUUGACGAACUUGAAUAAGCUGGCUGAGGAGUGCGAGCUCAAUCUCAAGCUUUUGGUCACAACUUUGAAGGAUGCGCAGCCCGGAGAAAUGGCACUCUGGCCACAACUUUGCGUCAAUGCUGAGGAGAAGCCCAAGAUCGAAACAAGCAGCCUUGACGCCGUGGUAGCAGCUGAAAAUGAUACCUUUGCUAGAAACGAGGACAACGGCAAAGAAUCGGCUCAAACAUGCCUCACGGAGGAUAUAGAGACCAUGUUCAAACCGGCGGCUGUUGAAGAUCUUGACGUCGAAUUCGAGCUGUUAAGGCUCGCGCGCGCGGGCUCCAGAGCCGAAAGUGAUUACAUCGAUCUCUCUCAUCUCUUGCGAGAAUGCAAAGAGGACAAAGACCUGCGCAUGAUGGUUGUGGAUUGGUAUCAAGCCCGAAGUUCGAGUUCAUCCAUCGAUCGGUUAGUUGCGCAGAUUCCAUCAUCAUCUGCCGUGACACCCGAAAGCGUAUUCAAAGCCAUUCUGUCAUUUUUACCUGUGCCGAUGGACCGGUUUCUAAGCAACAUUUUGAAUCUGUUAAUCUAUUCCUUCCGACCACUUAGCGUGUCGGAGCUUAAUGAACUGGCUGGAUGGGGCGAGGAAUCUCAGCCUGCAAAAUGGGAGAGCUCUCCUAGCCUAAGAUUACACCCCAGAAUUCAGAUACCUCUACGUGGCUUAGUGCAAAUCAACAAAAUUGAGGUUCAGUUGGCUCACCCCAGCCUUCGCAGGUAUCUUUUAUCGGAUAAAUCACCGUUUAAAUCAUCACAGGAGCAGGCUCAUGAGGAGAUUGCAAACAUGUGCUUCGAAUUCAUGAGCACCCGGAGCAGAGAAUCUAUCAGAGCGUAUCGUCGUUCACAUAAAGCGGUUUUUGCGGUGGAAUGGCGGAAGAGCUUUCUGAACUAUGCCGUGCGAUGGUGUCUCAGCCACGCUGAGCUCUCCGAGGCCGGAAAAUUAUACAGCACUCAUCAAUCAGAGAAUUUCUGGAAGAAUACCUGGGUAGUGGGUGCUUGGGCAAGUAUGCGCUGGGCCCUCCAAAACCCUUUCACACGGGGUAGUAUUGAAAGAGGCAGUCCCAUGACAAUCGUCGCAAGCCACGGUCUUUCUAGAGCAUUACCUGAAGUCAUUGGCAUGAGAUCACCAGAAGCAUCCGACGAACACUUUCACCAAGAGGUCACACAGUCUCUAGAAGCUGCAGCCGGAAAUGGUGAGUUGAACACGGUUCUCGAGUUGCUUAAACAUUCAACUUCGUCGUUUCAGGCCUUGGAUAACGUGAUCCUCUCCGCAAUCCAGUCAAGGAACACCCAAGUGGCGAUUGAAGCGGUGAAAUUUGGCCUUGAACGCCCUCAGAGAAUUCAAGACGUCAAUCUUCUCCUUCAUCGAGCGUCUUCAGUGGGAGCGAUAACGAUUGUUCAAAUGCUCCUUACAUUGGCCACCGCUACAGGCUUGAAGAAUGCUCUAGUUCCAGAACAUUCAGCUCUACAAUACGCUUGCAUAAGGGGGAAUCUCGAAGCGGUAAAGCUGCUUGUCGUCUGCUGUGACAUCUCCUCCACACAUACAGACAAUGCCAGGCUGUUGGAACUCGCGUGUAAAUAUGGACAGGUUGAAAUCGUCAGCUUCCUAACGAGCGAUGAAGCCUCACAGAACGAGGCGACGAAUCGUUACGACACAGCCGCCAAGCUUGCCAUCGAAUUUGGGAAUUAUCGUGCUCUAGACUGUCUCUUGAAGUCUCGAAAAUUACAUAAUAUCGAGGCAGACGUCGCAAUGUCAAUGGUAAAUACAGUCAUCGAUACCGGACAUGUCAAAUGCUGGAAUAUCACGUGGAAUUACAUCCAAAACUCGGUCAACCCAAAAUAUGAUAUUUAUGCUGAGGCCAUGAAAAAAGCAAUGAGAUCUGGAGUCGGACCAGUGUAUUGCGACAUGUUGCAGAGUGAUUCCGGGUUUUUCUUAGAGAGGUAUUCGGGCUUUCUUACGGAGGCAAUUACACAAGAAUACCCAUUACAAGCCAUUGAAGCUAUUGUUACACACGGCGGCGGGGAGUGCUUGCCAGCGAAAACUAAUUUAGCACUCGGGAACGCCCUCAAUCUCGCCAUUUCACAUGACCGAGAAGAUGUCGUGCGCUUCUUAGUUCGCCUUCAAGUUCCUCUCAAAAAUAAGGAUCAAUGCGGGCGGACACCACUACAUCAGGCAGCUAGCUGCGGAAACGUCAGGAUUGCCCGAAUCUUGAUCGAAGCAGGAGCAGAUGUAGAAACGGAAGAUGAACAGGGAUGGCGGCCAGUUCAUGCUGGUUGCGCCAACGCUGAUGUCAUUCGCCUAUUGUUACAGAAUGGAGCUGAUGUAAACGCCAGGACACAUAAAGGGAAUACCCCGAUCUUAUUUGCGUCUUCGGCUAGCUGCGAUGCCGUUCUUGAGGCGUUGCUAGAAGCGGGAGACAAGGUCGAACCAGAUGUCAAACAAAAGGCUCUGAAUCAGGCCAUUAUCAAAGAUCAAGCCGCAGCCGUCCGUCGUCUCCUGGAUGCUGGGGCAGAUCCCCGCAAGCUUCCAUCCAGAGGGACUGAUCAGUUAAUCAAGGCUGUCCAAAGGGGCAACGCCGCCAUAGUGAGAAUGCUUUUAGAGUAUGGCAUAAAUCUGGAAGAAGCAAAAGACAGAUGCGGUAAUUCUGUUCUAAACUGCGCCACUGACUUUCAGACGAGGAGACCUGACGAUUCAAUCAUCAAAUCACUCGUUCGUAGAGGCUCAAACGUGAAUAGUCCUGCAAAGGACGGUUACACGCCUCUUUGCAAAGCAGUAUGGGACAACAACGUGGAAAUUACUCUAUUCCUGAUCUCUAAUGGCGCCAUGGUCAACACUGACGGCGGGCCGUUUGGCGGACCGCUAAUACUUGCCUGCGUCUUCGCUUCGUUCGAGAUGGUCAAGUUGCUGUGUAAGCACGGAGCAGACACAAACAUCAUCCAUCCAGGAAUUUUUGGGAGUCCACUCCAUGCAGCCCUGCAACGGAAUCCAGGUGAGGAAAAGGAUAGCAUCAUAAAAUACUUACUCGAGGAUGCCGAGAAUAAAGCCGACCCAACUGUAAGCAGCAUGUGGUGGGGAGGGCCCCUGAAUUUAGCAGUUCUCAACCUCGAAUUUGAUGUCGCCAAGACAUUACGAAAAAAGGGAGCAAAAGUCGACGCUGAGGACAUGAUUGGCCGCAGAGCUAUUCACUUUGCCCUAUAUCAAGGAAAAGAUGCAGUCGAGCUUCUUUGCAAGCCUGAGUUCGGUGCUGAUCUGUUUGUGCCUGACAAAAUGGGGAGAGGUCCUCUUCAUCAUGCAGUUCUCUGUGGCGAACUCGAUUUGGUUCAGUCCAUACUAGAGAAAGCUAGGGAGAGAGGUGAAGAUGUCGUCAACGCCCAGGACGCAGAUCAUUGGACACCUCUACUUUGGAGCAUGCGAGAAUGCCCCGGAGUGCUGAACGCACCGACUCAGAGGUUCGAUAUCCUAAAAACACUCCUGGAAAAUGGCGCGGAUUUAUAUGUGGAGGGCCUAGGACUUGAUCAGAAGUGGGACGCUUUGAAACUUGCGAGGCACUAUGGUCUGCCUGCUGAAAUUGUCGAGUUCUUGGAGACAAGAGGCAGAGACGACAGCGGACCUAGAAGACAAAGGUGGGAGAUUUGGUCCCGGAAUGCCAAAAAGGCCAGAGUUUACAGCAAACUUGAUUAUUGUGACGCAUGUCUGACUGUAAGUGUCUACUCCAAGUUAGGAAAGCUGGUUUGGGGCGGUAGUGGCUGGUAG